AUGAAUGACUUGAUGCGGCUUGAUAAGAAAAAGAACUUCAAAGAUUAUUUUAGGGCAUUUGAAACGGGUUCCCAGUAUCUGGAUUCCAGUUCAGUCCACCUAGGCUUCUCAGCAGGGACUGUCCAGGAAACCCCUUCUAUGCGAAGCAGACCCAAGAUGUCCAGUCCCCUGGAAGAGGCCAUGGGUGUGGUUAUCAGCGUCUUCCACAAGUACGCCCAUUAAGAGGGUGACAAGUACAAAUUCAGUAAGAGGGAGAUGAAGACACUUUUGCAGAAAGAACUGCCGAGCUUUGUGGGGGAGAAGGCAAAUGAGGAGGGGCUAAAGAAGCUGAUGGAUGACCUUGAUGAGAACAGUGACCAGCAAGUGGACUUCCAGGAGUACUCCGUGUUUCUGUCAUCCAUCACUACAAUACACAACAAUUUCUUCCAGGGGUCCCCAGACCGGUCCUGA